AUGCAUGGUGCAGAACAAAUCGGAGCUCUCAACUCAUCCUCAGCAUUACCAUCAAAAGAAAGCCCUCGAGGGAUUAAGAGGAGUCGCUCACCAGAUACAUAUAGUGAAAUACCGCAGGCGGAUAACCAGGCAGAUGAUGGUGACUCAAAACCACGAAAGCGUGGUAGGCCUAUGAAGACAAAGGUGGCCAUCAGUACCUCAGAACCUUCUCAACAAAGUCAGAGCCAAAUGCCGUAUUCAAUCCAGAGCCACAGUGGCCGACCGCAGACUCCUCAGUCGCAGCAUACAAUCCCUCCCAACCGUACUCCGGUUAUACAUUCAGUCCAAACUCCUACGCAGAAGCCAACUCCUAAACCAGUUGUCAAGGCUUUGCCAACUGUGAGGGAUCACACAACAGAUCAGUUGGGUGCAGAAGGAGACGAGUAUAUUCCCAGAGAAUAUGAUGAACAGGGCGAGAAAAAAGUCUCAGCCAACGGCCAUUUAAUGGACGGGCGCGAAUAUAGGUGUCGAACUUUCUACGUACCAAAUAGGGGAGAUAAGCUAUUCAUGUUAGCAACAGAAUGUGCUAGGGUACUGGGUUAUCGGGACUCAUAUCUCCUUUUCAACAAAAAUAGAUCUCUAUACAAGAUUAUUGCAACUCAAGCAGAGAAGGAAGAUUUGAUUCACCAGGAAAUUCUGCCCUUUUCCUACCGCUCUCGGCAAAUAGCCAUUGUUACCGCAAAAUCGAUGUUCCGCCAAUUUGGCAGCAGAGUCAUUGUUAAUGGACGACGUGUCCGAGAUGAUUAUUGGGAAACAAAGGCACGUAAGCAAGGCUUCACUGAGGAUGAUCUGGCUGGAGAAAAGAGACCUGGUGCAGCAAAAGCCAGAGAUGCCGCUGCCGCUGCCGAGGCUUCAGCUGCUCUAGCUGCAAGCCACCAUCAUGGCGAUAUUUACAGCAAUGGCCCAGGACAUUAUGCGUACUCGCAACCAACCGUUCCAUCUUCUAUGAUGGGUAUAUCUGGUGCCAACAACCCACUUCCCAUGAUAACCACCCUUGCGCCAGAACAAAACGACAUGCGCCUGAGAGACUAUAGUAGUAUUCAACGCCCCAGACAAGAGCUUGCUGGGACUGCCUACCAAGACAGAACUCAGCCAAGUUUAAACACGGAUCUCACGAAUCACGUAAAUCAAGCUGUUGAAUACAAUAAGCAGAUCAAUCAGCAACGUAGUCGCAGUCAUGAUUAUCUGGAACGAAGGUGGAGACAACCUCAUGAAGUUGCCGGGGGUAAUAUGGUGCAGCCUGUCAAUUCCCAAGACGGGCUUCCAUCUGCACAAGCAUUGCACUCGCCUAGAUCAUCACAGAGUAUUGCACAACAAUCAACUUUGGCUCACCAAGGCCCACAGCAUAUUUCAUACUCACAGGCUUCGCAUCAACCUGGUAUUGUCUCACAACCUCCGAUUAGAGCUGCUUCAUCAAGGCAAGAGCAAACAGCUGGACGAUCUCCUAGCAUUUCAAUCGCCUCUGCGGGCAAUUUGAGUCAAGGAGCGACUCCUUAUCAAUUUACGUCUCAGAAUCAGAUGUGGCCAUCUAGUCAACCACAGCAGUCUCCUCAGCAACACGCAUUCAACCCUACUUACCCGUCCCAUCCUAGCCAGCAAUCACCACACAUUCAACAGUCUCCACAUCAACCUCCUCCAGCGCAACUUCGACAAUCAGGUAACAAUACCCAAAUGCAGCCCGCAUUACAAUACUCUGGUAUGCAAGCGAUGGGUCAAAGUUACCAAGCACCUCCUCGAAAUGUCUAUCAACCUGAUUCAAACAAUCAACAUUUUAUGCAACCUACAACAUCCGGUCCUCAGCCUGGUGCUCAGGGUUGGGCCCAACAGCAGCCUGCUGGGGCUAGCGCUUCCUGGGGUUGGACUGGUCAAUCACAAUAA